CCCCUUCCUGGCCCGGCAGCCCCCCUCCCUCCCUCCCUCCUCCCCUGUUGGGGGCGGGGCGUCCUCGCUGGCCCCUCCCCCUCCUGGCCAGACUGGGCGGCGGAGGCGGGAGGAUGUGAGUGGCGAGGCGGCGAUGGCGAGAGGGCGGCCGCGGAGCAGGAGGCGGAGGCGGAGGCGGCCGGACGGGGCCGGCGCGGCACGAGCAGGAGGGCGAGGACGAGAGGCGGCGGCGGAGGAGGCGCGGAUGCGGGGCAGAUUCGGGCGGAAGACGCGGCGGAGAGGGCGAGGGGCGCCCGGCGGCGGGGAUGCGGGGCCGGCGGCGGGGCCUUCGCCGGGCGCCUCCGGGUGAGCCCGCGGCCGCCUUCUUCCAGCAGCAGCAGCCGCCGCCCCACCGCCAAGAGGCUCCUUCUCCCGCGCCCCGUCCCGCGGCCCGGCUGCCCGUCCUGCCGGAGGCGAUGCUGCCCUGGAAGCGGCACAAGGCGGAGCUCUCCGCGGGCCCCCCUCCGCCUCCUCCUCCGCCUCCGCCGGGGCCUUCCUCCUCCCCGUCCUCGCCGUCUUCCUCGGGCGGCGGGCCGGGCUCGGCGCUGCGGCGGCUCUUCUCGUCGUCGCGGCGGCGGGCGGGGCAGCGUCGGCGGCGGAGCUUCCGCGUGUCCCGCGAGGCGCCGUGCGUGCCGGCGCUGUACCUGGGCCACGCGGCCACGCUGCAGGCCAAGGGCGAGGGCUGCACGGAGGCGCCGGUGGGGCGGCUGUGGGCGCGCAGCCAGGGCGGGCGGCUGGGCCUGCGCAUGCGCCUCAGCGUGGGGCCCCAGGGCCUGCGCCUCGCCCCCGCCGCCCCCGAGGCCGACCCCCCGCCCUCCCCCUCCGCCCCUCCGGCGGGGGGGCAGCUGUACCUGCUGCACCGCGUGACCCACUGCGCGGCGGACGCGCGCCUCCCGCGCCUGCUCUCGUGGGUGUACCGGCACGAGGCGCGGCACAAGGCGGUGCUGCUCCGGUGCCACGCGGCGCUGCUGCCCAAGGCCGCGCAGGCCCAGGCCCUGGCCCUGGCCCUGCUCCAGACCUCCGCCGCCGCCCUCGCCGACUUCCGCCGCCUCAAGCGCCGCAGCGACGCCCGCCACCAGCGCCAGCGCCUCCUCCUCCUCCGCGCCGCCCACGGGGGCCCCGCGCCCCCCGCCCCGCCCGCGCCCCCCGCCCACGCCGCCCGCGCCGCCCUCGGAUACAAGCCCCCCGCCGGGAGGGGCCGCGGCGCCCCCCGCCUCGGGCCCAUCGCCGAAGAGGAGGAGGAGGAGGAGGAGGAGGAGGAAGAAGGGGCGGCGCCCCCCGCCGGGGAGAAGGGCCUCGGGGGGCUGCUGCGGGGGAUCGGCGCCCUGGGGAUCGGGAACGGCCCCGCCGAGCCCGACACCGGGUGAGAGGCCCAGGCAGCGCAGCCACCAAGGAGAGCACGGAGAGGCCGGACCUGGCUGUCCAGGGGACCCCACAGCCGAGUCGGGACGGGACCCCCACUCCUCUGGACCCCGAGGUGCGGGAGACUCCCUUCCACAGAC